AUGGAUAAUUUUUGGUAUGAUACUAUUAACACCCAAAGGCAACGCAGUAAUCCCAUUCCGGUUGCAAUUAAAACUGUAAUUAGUAGACCUGAAGAUUUUAUAAAUGAGUUAAAAUUUCAACAUCAAUUUAUGACAAGUGGUAGAAGAUUCCUUAGAUUGUAUGGUGUUACUCGAGAUCCGAAUAUAAUGAAUUAUAGUAUUAUAACUCCAUAUGUGGCUGACGGUGAUUUAAGAAAUUAUUUGAAAAAUAAUAAAAUUACAUGGCAGGAAAAAACAAAUAUCUUGGAUUAUAUCGUUAAUGAUCUUGCUAUAAUUCAUAAAUUAGGAAUGGCUCAUUGUGAUUUACAUCCUGGAAAUGUACUGAUUAAUGGAAAUUUGGCAUACCUUAAUGAUUUUGGCUUGUGUAAACAUGUUAAUUUGAAAUCAAACUUAGAAUCACGUAUAUAUGGGGUCCUGCCAUAUGUAGCUCCUGAAGUUUUAAAAGGAAAAUCGUAUACUCAAUCUUCAGAUAUUUAUAGUUUAGGUAUUAUAAUGUUUCAACUUGGAACCGAAUUACAACCAUACGAUGAUUUGCAUUAUGACUUUGAUUUGACUAUUAGAAUUUGUCAAGGAUUACGACCUGAAAUUACUCGAGAAAUCCCACCUGCUUAUGAAAAAGUAAUGAAAAGUUGUUGGGAUCAAGAUCCAUUCAAGCGUCCUGAUAUUAAAAAAUUACAAGUUAUUUUUCAAAGAUGGAGGCAAAAUCCUCCACAUUAUAUUUUGGAACAAUUUGAAAAUUCAAAGUAUAGUACCGAAAAUUAA